GUUCCUUUCCCCAACUAUUCCGACUUGUGAUCACGCCCAGGCCGUCUGACUUGUCAGACGCUGAUUCGAGACUGGGGAGUUUACAGCCUGGGAAAGGUGUGAAGAGCCAUUAUUAUUAGAAGUGUCACGAGUUUAAGAAGACCUUCAGUUAGCAAGGAUAAUUUUCUCGUGAAAGCUCCCAAAAUCAUGGCAGCAGCUCAACUUCCCACGGGUAGUAUACCUACAGGGCUACCAACAAAUGAGGAAGUCCAGGAAUAUGAGAAAAUCCUGAAAAUAAGUGACGAAAUAUUUACUGGAACUCACCCUAGAUUGAAAGUUCCCCAGCAGUUUGUGCGCAAACCCGCGUCGCGCAAUCCCCCUACCUCCACCCAAGCCCAGGUAAAAACGAGUGAACGGCCUGGGUCUUCCACAUGGAAUGCACCUCAGCCGUUUCCAACACCUUCAAAACCUACAGGCGCACUAAGUACAAAUGCCAGUGACGGUCUGUCUAGCGCGACCGCUCCCUCGCGUAUUGUACCGAGACCUAUUUCUGAAAUUGAUCCUAUCUUCCUGACCAAGUCGGAUGAUCUAGUCAGAGCAGAACUACAAUUACAGCGUCAAAGGGUGGAAAGGGCUUUGCGGGAACAACUUGAGCAGAAGAGACAAGAGUCAAGGCAAAAAGCCUCUAUACAGGACGCAAAGCCUGACUUCGAUGUUUCUGAUGUUUUAAAUAAGGCCUUUGAGAUAGUCAAGCCGUCCCCCUCAGUUGAUGGCCGUGGUGCUGGAGAGCCUAGUGACUCCGAGAAUUCGUUCUACUCUAGUAGAGCCCCUGACUCUCCGCAGCAGGGCGAUCAACAGAAACCGUCACCUGCACCUCCCUCUAAUUCCGAUGAGCCUGCUACUGAGGCUCCAGCAGAGAAUUAUUCAGAUGAGUUGCAACGGCUUGAAGCCCUCAACCGCACUGAAUCGGAUCAGGAUAUGCAAGAUACUUACCCGGUUGCAGACCACGGAAUACCCUACCAGAAACAGCCGCGCCCUGCUGCGGCAGACUCCGCCGCUCACAAAUACCAAGAAGUUCAGCCAACAGACUCGUUCGAAGAGCCGGAGUAUUCGCCGCCAGCCCCAGGUGUGGCCCCGAUGGAGAGAGGGGAGAAUCAUGAUCAUCAGCGAGGUUACUACCCCAACGGGCCGAGGAGGCGAGGUCCAGACGCUCGUCAGCCCGACCGCCCCCGUUAUACCCCCGGGUCGAACUCGCCUAGAGACGAUGUAAGGGUUGUGCGUAACCAUAUAACGUCCCCAGCAGCUCCACGGCCUUCCAGGGUUUCUCCCUUGGCCAAUGCCAAAGUUCCCUCCGUUUAUCAGCACAAAGAGCCACGUCCAGUGUACGGUGCGGAACAUCAGGCAAGUCCCGAUGCUCCACCCCAACAAUUGAUGCCUAGAAAGCGCAGAAGGUUGCAUGAGGAAAGAGACCGGUCUCGCGCGGUCGCAUAUAGAAUGCAAACUGGAGUUCCUGAUGGCACUUACAUCAAAGAGGAGCCAGUUUCGCCGCCACCGUUCACAGACACUUCCCCAGCAUACCGUAGUCGUCCGGCUCAAGAAAGACCAAUCUACAUUGAUAUCGCAUCUCCCCGCUACACGCCGGUAAUUGAAAGGAGAGAGCCCCCAAUGAGAGACCCUGCAUAUGAUGUAGAUGCUUAUGAUAUCCGUGGCGAUUCCGGGAUGCCGCGAACCGUUUCGCGGCUGAGUACCAGAAGGCCAAUUCGUGAUGACCAAGAUCUGCGGAGAGUUGCGAGUCUCCAUCAAGCUCGGCAACCUGAAUAUUCUCGUGAAUAUGUUGACCAAGCUAGUCCCCAUACUAUGCGAGCUUCGUCCUACGCUGUUGUUGAGCGGCCCCCACCCAGGUAUUAUGACGAGAUCACGACCCCUCCCGCGCGACGCUAUAUCCCAGUGGGAGAUUCCCCGACCUCGCCACGAUAUCAAGAGACAUACUAUGAUGAGGAACCUCCAAACCGUAUUAUGGCGCCUCCAACACGGAGAAUCGUGGUUGAUGAGCAGGGAAAUCAGUACUACGAAACUGUGCCUGCGCCGAGGAUGCAAGCAAUGCCUCCCCCAACCAGUCGAAUGCCGGUACAAAGAAAUGAGGUCUACGACGACCAUCCGCCAGUACGCUAUACGAGUGUUCGGGCCCCAUCUGUCGUUGAAGAUCCGUACGGUGGCCGGAGGUACGUGCAGGAUAUGCCACCUCCGCAAAGUACUUAUCGACGGGUCACCGACUACGCUCGCCCAGCCCCGAGUGAGCGUCGGCCUUAUGUAGCACCAUUUGAUGAGCGAGAACCACUGCCACGCAGCGCCAGUGUCCAGGUGACUGACUACUCUAUGCGACGCCCGCAUUAUAUUGAAGAGGCCGAAGUUCCACGCGAGAGGAUCAUCCGAGUGCCAAGCGUACGACCACCAACCGCUCGGUACGACGAACCGCGGGAGGUCAUUCAGCGAGUAGAGAGUGUCCGGCCAGCUGGCAGGGAUGUGAGCAUAUAUAUGGACGAUGAUCCCCGACGGCCCAGAGAAUAUAUUGAGCGGCCCGUCUAUCUUUCUACGCGACCUGUGGCUAGAGAAGAACAUUACUACGACAACGGCGAACCCGAGAGGGUGGUGCUUGAUGGCGGAGUCCAUCGAGUUCCUCAGCGCUAUUAAAGGUGAAGCCUUCUCCAGUAUGAACGCAUGAUUAUUUAAAAGCUUUUCUUUUCGCGACAUAUGUUUGCAGUAAUUAUCCAUGUACAGAGUACGGUCUUUCUAAUAUUCAAGCGGAGCAUUGACGCUUCUUUUUCUUGUACAUUCGAUUCGUCUUAGAGUGACAGGGCUGACAGCGAAGACAACCUGAACUCGCAUUGAAAACACCACCACAUAGAAAACAGCUUAAUAAUGUGAAGUAUUCAGACGUGGAUAUUCAUCUUUCUGUAAAAAUUUGGAUAGCCUGAUAUCUACAGUUACCUGCCUAAGUGCUGUGUAACACGGGGGUUACGCUAGUCAUUAUAUACUGCUAAUUGUAUCAACGAAUUAAAUCAAAGCCCAAUAAUAGUCAUCAUCGCACACUGCACAUUCAGUCCAUGUCUACUAGUAGUACGACAGGGUAAAAAAGACAACCAAAUCUCCAGCUAAUAAGCAGGCAUAAAAGCGGUGGGGACGGCGGUCAGCAGCACAUAGAAAGCGACGACAAGGCAGAGUAGUGGUCAGACAGUUCUUCACCUUCGGUGGAGAAUCAAAGUU